AUGAGGCUGCUGCCUGGCACUAAGCCAGGCAGCACACCCUUUUUUGUGGAGAUUGUAUAUGGUGCUACGUCCCCGCAGGUGCCGCAGCCUUCGGGCAGACGUACCGCGACAGGAGGGGUUGUGCCUGGUGAACAACCAGUCAUAUAUGAUGCGCAAGCUUGUGUCAACCUGACCAUCUAUGCGUCUGCCAAGGGCUACUUCGACGACACUGGCCUAUCAAUGCCCAAAAAGCUCCUUUGGGUACUCGUCUAUAUGCAUGGGCGACUGUGGUUUCAUCGAAGACAACGGCCCAUAUCUGUUCAUGAUACGACAAAGACGACUGAGCCGGUAGCCCGCGAACCCAUUGGUUUGAUAAUUGUAUCGAUAGAUUACCAGCUGAACUGGCAGGGCUUUAUCGCCUGCUACGAGCUACUCGAUGACCAGGAAGCGUGGCGAGCCUACAUUCAAUUGUAG